GGUCUGCAACUCGACCUCAUGAAGUCGGAGUCGCUAGUAAUCGCAGAUCAGCAACGCUGCGGUGAAUACGUUCCCGGGGCUUGUACACACCGCCCGUCAAGUCAUGAAAGUUGGAGUUUUUGUGAGUGGAAUGUUGGCGUCCUGCCUGUGAUGGGUGGGGUUGAGGGCAUGCUGUUGGGUUGUGGGGUAUCACAUGUGUGGUGGCCUGUGCGGUGCUGUGUUGCGUGCGUGUGUGCGUGGUGUGGUGUUCGUGUGGUGGUUGAGAACUGUAUAGUGGAUGCGAGUAUCUUUAUUGUUUGCGAUCGGUGGAUGCCUUGGCACCAAGAGCCGAUGAAGGACGUUGUGACCUGCGAUAAGCCCUGGGGAGUUGGUGAGCGAGCUGUGAUCCGGGGGUGUCCGAAUGGGGAAACCUGGAAUGUCCGGAGUAGUGUCCGGUGGCCCUGCCCUGAAUGUAUAGGGGUGUGGGUGCCGGCAGGUGUUGCAUGUGCGGGGUUGUGGGGGCCUUGUGGUUCUGCUGCCGCAGGAUUGGCCAGUGAGAAAUGUUGCGUGAAGGUGAAGCGUCUGGGAAGGCGUACCGGAGUGGGUGAGAGUCCUGUAACUGUAAGCGUGGCACUGGUGUGGGGUUGCCCCGAGUAG